AUGGGAGGCUGUGAGUUCAAAUUUCGAGGAUCUUGUGAUGAUACAUGUAUAGAUAUUGUAAUAAUUUUUAUAGAGAUGUCUCUCUAAAAUUUUGAAUUGAUAUCUGUUAUUGGUCAAGGAGGGUUUGGCAAAGUUUACAAGGCGAGACUUUAAAAGACCAAAAAUUUAAUAGUAGCUUUAAAAGUUAUGUCAAAAGUGAGAGUCAUACAAAAAAAGAGUGUUAGUUCUGUCAUGAAUGAAUUAUAAAUAUUGUCAACUUUAAAGCACGAUUUUAUCAUUAAUAUAGUAAGUGCAUUUUAAGAUCGCUAUCAAUUAUAUUUAGCAAUGGAUUUCCUGGCUGGAGGAGAUUUAAGAUUUCAUAUUUGUAAAUAUAGAAAGUUUUCGGAGCAAAUAACUAAGCAUAUUGCUGCUUGCAUAAUUAUUGGAUUAGAUUAUAUCCAUUCUAAUGGUAUAAUACAUAGAGACAUUAAACCUGAAAAUCUCGUUUUUGAUAGUGAUGGAUUUUUAAGAAUCACUGAUUUUGGAAUUGCGAGAAUUUGGAAACCUUAAAAUAGUCAUGAAACCAGUGGUACUCCAGGAUAUAUGGCUCCUGAAGUAAUGUGUAGAUAAAAUCAUGGUGUUGCCGUAGAUUAUUUUGCCCUCGGAGUCAUCAUGCACGAAUGCAUUUUAGGUAAAAGACCGUACAAUGGUAAAAACAGAUAAGAGAUCAGGGAUUAAAUUAUAGCAAAAUAAGUGAUUUUGACAGACAUUCCAUAAGGUUGGAGUGAAAAUGCAAUAAACUUUACAAAUUUACUUAUGCAUCGAAAACCAACUAUUAGAUUAGGAUGCAAUGGACCUGAAGAAGUGAAAAAUCACCCAUGGUUUAGAGAUAUCAAUUGGGCACAAUAUGAACAAAAACUAGUUGCUUCUCCAUUCAUUCCAGAUGGAAAAUUAGAAAACUAUUUAAAGUCAAAUAGGUUAGAAUCUUUAGAAGAUUAAUCAAUCCUUCAUUGUGAACAAAUUUAAUUCUAAGAAUAAUUUCUAGGUUAUGAAUAUUUGCCAUAAAUAAAUGGGUAAACAUCUUUAAUGUCAGCUUUUGCUUCUCCGAGAACUUCUAACAUUAGAACUCAACUUAAAGAAUAUUGA